AUGAUGGAACAUCAGUUUAUCCUUCCCUCUUCGGCCAAAGUGCGCCGACAAGACAGGUUCGACCUGGUCCAUUCGGAUGAAUAUGAAGUGCCGUUCUGGGACCUCCUGACAGCCAUUCUUCGAAACGAGUCAGCGCCCGUCACGGAUGCCGCCUCUCUUAUCGAGGCCCUGGGGACGAUCGCGGUUACUCUCAGAGGGACAGCAGUAGAUGUGGACUUUGGCUUGCUUCGAAACUUCAUUUCGCGACGCAUGACCGACGAAUCUGCGAAUUUCUUUGACGAAACAUGGCCUGUUCUCGUGGACUUGGCGCUCGAAAUGCCAAAUCUUUUCCCAGGUGGAACACUGCCAUCCUUACUAUCACCUGCAGGCACAGAUGUGGCAUUCUCGCGGAAGCAGAUUGCUUGCUUGGUUGUGCAUCAAUUUCUGUGUUCGCUGCCACCUCAUCCAUGGUCUACGGAGUCGUUUGUCGACCUACGCCCGUGGUAUUCAAUGUCUAGCACUGUCCACCAAGGCGCAGUGGAAGCAUAUCUCACGGCCCUGUUCACAUAUUUCGAACGGAUACACGAGUCCGUGGAUGGGCAAAAGUCGAUUCUUGACCUUGGGACAGAUGAGUGGCCUAUCACAUUUACCAUGCAGUCAUUGACCGAUCAAGAUGUAGAGAGACUACAGAGCAAGGAAGCGUCAGGCGCCAUGCUAUCAAAAACUCGCGUUGAGAUUGUGAACCUUGCAGAAUCCCAGACAGCACCCAAUCUGCUCGGACUGCCCGAUGGAGCAUGUGUGAUUUCCGCAAACAAGUGCAUCGGAUACGGCCCGUCAGGUACCCAGGAGGAAUUGAAUGUGGGCAUUUCACCAGAGGCAUACCCGGCCGUUCUUCUAGCGCCGCCGCUCUCGGACCACCAGGUGCUGAUCUGCAGAGGUGCUGAGGCAAUGGUAUCAAUCGUUGGGUAUGGGCGUGAUGCGAAGCUGGGCGAGAUAUUUCGACAGCCAAGAAUGGGGGCUCAUGAACACUUAUCAUGGCGGGGUCGGACAAUGUUGUUCAUUGAUGCACUCGAGUUGGAUGUCCUACCUGUCGUAGGAGAGACUCUCAUUCCUGACAUUUACCCUCUUUCGCGUAUGUCUCGAGACAUGAUCCUAAAGGCGUACAACGGGUUCCGCAGUGGCGAGUAUAGCCAUGUAAUCACAGGUCUUUGGGGAUGCGGCACGUUUGGUGGAAAUCGCUCUGUCAAGUGCACAUUGCAGUGGUGUGCAGCAACACUGGCAGGAGUUCCAACACUGAGAUUCGUCCUGUCGACACCGGAGCAACACCGCUUUGGGGAAGAGUUUGCUCAAUUUGUUGAGAGAAUCCGACAAAACGGUAUGACUGUGAAGCAGAUGGUCGACGCAUUGGCCGACUUGAAAGACAAGAUGCAUGACAUUGGACCUAAUGGGAUCUUCGCCUUCAUUGCGAACAAGGAUGUCAAAAGAUCGUUCGAGUUUCAAUAG